AUGACUGACAACAACAAAGGUUGCAAGAUUACCCUCUACUGGCUCGAACAGUCUCGGAGUCACCGUAUCCUCUGGCUUUUGGAGGAACUCAAGCUCAACUAUGAGUUGAAGACAUAUAAGCGACGUGCGGAUAAGCUGGCGCCGUCUGAACUGAAGAAGGUUCAUCCACUCGGCAAAUCUCCCGUGCUCACCAUCGAGGCUCCAGGAGCCGAGAAGCCUCUCGUGCUGGCAGAGUCGGCCGCGAUUGUGGAAUACCUCUGCGACCACUUUGGCAGCGCGCAACCGUCACUGGUCCCCGAGCGCUAUCAAGCGGGUCGUGAGAACCAAGUCGGCGGGGAACGAGAAGAAUGGAUCCGUUACCGCUAUUUCAUGCACUAUGUCGAGGGCACACUCAUGCCAUACUUGGUCAUGGCUCUCGUCAAUGACACCAUUCGAAACUCGCCGCCUUUCUUCCUUCGCCCCAUCACGGGACUCGUUGCGUCGCAAGUGGAAGCUUCGUUCCUGAAUCGCAACAUCGAAAGCAACCUGUCCUUCCUGGAAGAGCAGCUCAAGACCGCUCCCGAGGGUGGGCCUUAUAUUUGCGGAAAGGAGCUGACUGCAGCAGACAUCUUGUUGAGUUUCCCUGUCAUCGCCGGCAGUGGACGGAUCUUGAAGGAUGAGCAGCAGAAGGCAAAGUAUCCCCUCCUCAUUGCCUAUGUUCAGCGACUUGAAGGGUCGGAGGGCUACAGGAGGGCUGUCGCCAAGGUGGAGCAGGUCGAGGGUCGUUUCUCAGCUUCCAUGUAA